AUGGCUGAAUCAACUUGGGGGCAAUGGAGCCAAGUGCCCUCAAUGCAAUACCAAGUGCAAAAACAUCAGAGAUUCGAACCCUUUACGCGUCUCGAAUCGUUGGUGUUGAUCACGAGUUGCAGAAACAAGUUGGAUCUCUGGAAUCUGAAUGUGAGAGCUUUGGGGAAAAGGGAUGCAGAUUGGUCUAGGAAGGAGGAAGAAUGGAAAAGGAGAAAACUCGGUUUAGAUUCACAGAUGCAAUAUCUUAGGGAGAAGGAGUUACGGAUUGAGGGAGCUCGAUUGUUUGAUGUGGAUGUUUAUAAUCAAUCGUUGAUAGUUGCGCGAAUGCUUUCGGGAAUGGGAGGAACAAUUAUCCUUAGCAAGAUAAGCUUACUGGCUUCUCAUGAUCGGGCAGACAAUUUUCAGCUUCCUGCCAACACGAAAUUCGUCAAGGAUCUCCGUGUUUCGCCGCACGACAGAUUAGUGCUUUUGGCUUCUCAGGAGAAGAAAGUGUCUGUUUUCAGCACGGGAAGUAACAACAGGGCUCCUGUUCUUGCAUAUGAUUUACCAACUGGUGCUUGGUCGUGUUCGUGGGAUGUCUACGACCCGCGUUUUUUGUACGCGGGUUUACAGAAUGGCAUGGUUUUCUGUUUGAUGAUCUGCGUCAAACUUCCAGGCAUCAGCUGUGGCGAAAACCGGUGUUUUCUGACACCUGAAUCGUUAGGCCGGGGGGGUUGUGUAUCACUUGCUUAUGGUCCUGAAUGUGGAGAUAUUGUUGCUUCAUUCCGUCCAAAAAUGCAAGAGGCAGCGCCCAUACGCCUUUCGCCAUCCUACAAUCCCUUGGAAGGCCAAGUAGUGCAGGGUCUUCAUGUUCAUUACAGGAAAGCUGCUCCUACUACUAACAGCACUUCAGGAUAUCAGAAGCUGGGAUCUACUUGUGCCAAUGUAAGUGUCGGUAGACCACCAAGAUCUGCUGUGAUUGACACAAGUAUCGGCAAGAACUCAGUGUUUUGCAGCCGCAGAUGA